AAGAGAAAAGGAGAGAUAGAAGGAGAGAGGUUGGGAAAACGACGAGAAGAGAGAGAAGGAAAGGAGAGAAAACGUCGACCAAACGCCGCAGCAACUAAAACAUAGAAGAAGUGAGGAUCAAACUUCACUGAGACAUGCCAUUCAAGAAACUUUCAUUUUUUAUUCAAAUGAUUGUCAUGGGAACUAAGUGUACAUAUUUCUAAAAAAAGAAAUACAUGCAAAAAUUCAAACAGACACAAGAUAACUAGAAUGAGGAAACAUUAAUGAUAGAUCAAGAGAACAUUUAAUUUGGCAUCAAUCUGUCAAUUUAGUAAAAGAGUCAUUUUAAACUGUUUCCUGGAAUGGAGGGGUAAAAAUGAACACAAAGACAACAAAUUAAUUAUCUUCUAUUGGAAGUGACUUGAUCAAUAUCAUAGAAAUAGGGGGUGGGUCAUGACCCAGUUGCCAUGCGUGUUGUCAUGGUGACCAGCCCCUCUUCCCCCUCCCCCCUCCUCUGGUUGGUCCAGUUUUUGUUGUGGUUCCACCACCAUGGGCCUCAGCUGACAGUGGCUGCGCCCCCAUGCCCUAGCCCCUGUACCUGCUCCAAUCAGGCCAGCCGUGUCAUUUGUACAAGAAAGAGUUUAGAUGGGGUACCAGAAAGCAUUUCGGAGAACACGAGAUACCUCAACCUACAAGAGAACACAAUUCAGGUGAUAAAGUCUGAAACCUUUAAGCACCUGAGGCAUUUGGAAAUCCUGCAGCUCUCCAAGAACCAUAUCCGACAGAUAGAGGUGGGGGCAUUCAAUGGCCUCCCCAACCUCAACACGCUGGAGCUCUUUGACAACCGUCUCACAGUGGUGCCAUCCCAGGCCUUCGAGUAUCUCAGCAAGUUAAGGGAGCUAUGGCUACGGAACAACCCCAUCGAGACCCUGCCGGCUUUCGCCUUUAACCGCGUUCCUUCGUUGCGCCGCCUGGAUCUCGGCGAGUUGCGCAAGCUGGACUACAUCUCCGAGGCUGCCUUCGAGGGAUUGGUCAACUUGCGUUUCCUUAACCUGGGCAUGUGCGGUUUGAAGGACAUCCCUAACCUCACCCCAUUGGUUCGACUGGAGGAGCUGGAGCUGUCUGGGAACCAGCUGGGAAUCGUCCGACCCGGCUCCUUCCAGGGUCUGGUGUCCCUCCGCAAGCUAUGGCUCAUGCACUCCAGGGUGACGGUCAUCGAGCGCAACGCCUUCGACGACCUCAAGAAUCUGGAGGAGCUCAACUUGUCCCACAACUCCCUGCACAGCCUGCCACACGACCUCUUCACCCCCUUGCACGUGUUGGAGAGGGUCCACCUCAACCACAACCCCUGGGUGUGCAACUGCGACGUGCUCUGGCUCAGCUGGUGGCUGAAGGAGACGGUGCCCAGCAACACCACCUGCUGUGCCCGCUGCCACGCCCCUCCGGGCCUGAAGGGGCGCUACAUCGGCGAGCUGGACCAGAGCCACUUCACCUGCUACGCCCCCGUCAUCGUGGAGCCGCCCACCGACCUCAACGUCACCGAGGGCAUGGCGGCCGAGCUGAAAUGUCGCACCGGGACCUCGAUGACCUCCGUCAAUUGGCUCACCCCGAACGGUACCCUCAUGACACACGGGUCAUACCGGGUCCGCAUCUCGGUUCUGCACGACGGCACCCUGAACUUCACCAACGUGACCGUCCAGGACACCGGCCAAUACACCUGCAUGGUGACCAACUCCGCCGGUAACACCACGGCAACCGCCGUCCUCAACGUGUCCGCCACUGAUCCCAGCAACAGCUACAGCUACUUCACUACCGUCACCGUGGAAACGGUGGAAACGGUACAGGAGGAGAAUUCAGCCAGACAGUACAUCAACGAGACUUUCAUCGAAUUUCCAGGUCCUACAAUGCCAGGAGGGGUACUGGGCGAGGGUAGGUCUGGUGUCACCAUAUCGCCCUCGCUCUCCUCACUCUCCUCCUUCUCUCCGCGAGCCACUAGAGGUACUGAAAAAGCAGUGACUGUGUCCAUUAUGAACCUUCCAAACAUACCUGGCCUGGAUGAUGUCAUGAAGACCACCAAGAUCAUCAUCGGCUGCUUCGUGGCCAUCACGUUCAUGGCAGCCGUGAUGCUGGUGGUCUUCUACAAGCUGAGGAAGCAGCAUCAGCUGCACAAACACCACGGCCCUGCCCGAGCCAUCGAGAUCAUAAAUGUGGAGGAUGAGAUUGGAGCCGGGGCAGGAAGUGGAAUCUCAGGGGGUUCUACAAUGAAUUCCGGCUGCGGGGGAGAAGGAACCUUGAGGAUCCAUCACCCGGAGAUAGUCAACCUUCCGAACAUCGGUCGAUCGGAUCAUCUCAACCACUACUAUAAAGCCCAUCAUUUCAACAACAACGUAAUGGGUCUGAGCAUUGGAUCCGGGGAAGGAGCUGGAUCGGGGGGUAUCCUUAACAAUAAGAACCCAUCUCAAAUCAACCAGCAAGGUCAAGACAUCCCCAUCUCUUGUACUCAAGUGCCCAUCUCCACGUCUGGCAAUGGCAUCAACCUCAGUUCUGUGUCUCCACCUCUGCCGAUGUCUCUCCCGAUGCCCACUAUGGGAAUACAUGGAUCUCUCAAGGGUUUCAUGGGCCAGAACCCCAAUCCACAAAUGGAGCCUCUUCUUUUCAAAGGAAACUCAAAGGAAAACGUUCAAGAGACUCAAAUCUAAGAACGAGAGGGAGAAGAGAGAGGAUAGUGAUAGAGAGAGGAAGAGAGAGAGGAAA